AUGGCUCGCAACGCUUUGAAGGCAGCCAAGGCCGCCUCGAAUGCGGUCUCUAUCAACCAAAAAUACACCCUUCAGUCAACCGGAAUAUGGGAGCGUAUUCGUCGCCUGCUUUCCGUGGACCCGAACCGUUCUACUGGUGUCCCCUUGAACUCCCAGUAUCGCCUUCCGACCCCCGGGGCUUUGCCCCCUCUGUCGUACGACGACCCUGUCACCAUUCCGGCAGGAGACAUCGCGGACAACCCUUAUUGGAAGCGUGAUGUUCGGAGGAAUUACCCCAGGAUCAGCAAAGUCAACCAGGCGGAUGUUGUUGGUCUGCUUAGUGUGGGUAGCCAAGCGGCUUCCAAAGACAAUGUUCUCCAGAUUGGCGAGGCAGGCGAAAAGCAACUCACCACUGUCAAGCAAGAGGGGGAGGAGCGUGGACUGGCUGGGCUUUUCGAGAAGGAUACAAAGGGUGUGAAGAGCGUUUUGGGUGCUAACGGCUUGCCACCGAUGCCUUGCAACCUGGCUCCCGGGACGACUAAAUACCAAUUGGACCACGAUCAUGGGUAUCCUGAUGUGUAUCCCUGCCGCACGUUUGUUUGA